AUGCCUUUGCAUCCUACUGUUCUCUGGGCUCAAAGAAAUGACCUCCUCUACUUGACUGUUGAGUUGUCAGAUAUCAAGACUCCUCAGAUCAACAUCCAGCCCACCAAGUUCUCUUUCAAGGGAAAGGGUGAGAAAGAACAAAACGAAUAUGAGGCUGAAAUUGAGUUCUUUGGCGAAAUUGACGUCGAGAAAUCCAAGCAGCACUUGACACCUCGCAACCUCUUGUUGGUUCUUUACAAGAAGGAAGAAGGUUUCUGGCCUCGUCUCCAGAAGGGCUCCAAGCUCAACUUUGUCAAGGUCGACUUCACACGGUGGAAGGAUGAGGAUGAUGAUGAAGAAGAAGAGCCUGCUAUGCCUGCCGGUAUGGAGGGUAUGGGUGGCAUGGGUGGUGGAAUGGAGGGUAUGGGCGGCAUGGGCGGCAUGGACUUCUCUAGUCUUUUGGCCCAGGCUGGUGCUGGUGGACAGAUGGGUGGCAUGGACAACUUGCCUGAAGAUGAUGAGGACAGCAGUGAUGAAGAGGAGGCUCCCAAGAAGUAAAUGUUACUUAUAAUUAUAAUAAUAAUAAUAAAUAUAAUAAUUUUAUAGU